AUGCCAUUAAAAAAACGCCAGAACAGCAUUGCAGCCUCAUACUACCGCGGAGGGACAUCCAGGGCAAUCAUGAUCCAAGUAAAGGAUCUCCCUACCGACAAAUCGCAGUGGGACCCCAUUUUCCUAGGUGCAAUUGGCUCACCUGAUCCCUACGGCCGCCAGCUGGACGGGCUUGGAGGCGGCAUCUCGAGUCUGUCCAAGAUCUGCGUCGUCGGACCAUCGACGCAUCCAGACGCAGACGUCGACUACACCUUUGUGUCGCUCGGCAUCAAGAACACACAUGUAGACUACUCCAGCAACUGCGGCAACAUGACCGCCGCCGUCGGCCCAUUUGCCGUCGACUCUGGUCUGCUCCCGGUUACCGAGGCCGAGGGCGAAACCACCACCGUCCGCAUCCACAACACCAACACCAAGAAGAUCAUACAUGCGCGCUUCCCCAUGGCCGACGGCGAGGCAGCAUCAAGCGGAGACCUGGCCAUUGACGGUGUCGCCGGGACCGCGGCCCCGAUCGAGCUGCGAUUCAUCGACCCAGCCGGGUCGCGAACGGGCAAGCUGCUGCCCACCGGCAACCCCAUUGACGUGUUCGACGGCGUGCGCACGACCUGCAUAGACGUCGGCAACCCCUGUUGUUUCGUCCAGGCCGCGGAGCUAGACGUCGACGGCAGCCUCACGCCCCAGCAGAUCGACGACCACCUGAACCUCAAGGACCGCCUGGAGUCGAUCCGGUCCCAGGCCGCCGUGAAGAUGGGUCUCGCGGACUCAUUAUCCUCCGUACCCGGUUCCGUGCCCAAGAUCGCCAUCGUGUCGAGGCCGUCCGCGUCGGAGGCCGAGGUGGUGAACCUGGUCGCCCGCGCCAUGUCCGUGGGGCAGCCGCAUAGGGCGAUCCCCGUGACGGUGGCGCUGGCACUCGCCGCCGGGGCCAAGACGCCUGGAACGACGGUGGCCGAGUGUGUAUCACAGUCUGACGGGGACGGGUCGGCGAUGGUGGUGCAGCAUGCCAGUGGGAUGUUGACAGUUGAUGCGGAUUUUGAUGGGGCUGGGGACCUGAAGUCAGCGAAUGUGUAUAGAACAGCCAGGAGGUUGAUGGAGGGCAACGUUUUCUGGAAAUAA